AUGUCUGCCAACCUUGAUAAGUCCCUUGAUGAUCUCGUCGGCAGCCGUCGUCAGACCGCUCGCCACACUCGUCGCCGUGCUGGUUCUCGCCGCGCCGCGACCAAGCCAUCCACUGUUGGAGGUGUGAAGAAGUCCACCAAGGCUGCCCCCAAGGCUGCUCACCCAGCCCCUGUCGCCCAGACUGGUUCUAGCAAGAUUCUUGUCAGCGGAUUGCCUUCCGAUGUGUCCGAGGCCAAUGUCAAGGAAUACUUCAACAAGUCUGCUGGCCCCGUCAGGCGGGUCAUGCUCACCUACAACCAGAAUGGUACUAGCCGUGGCAUCGCCUCCAUCCAAUUCGCCAGGGCAGACACCGCUGCCAAGGCCACCAAGGAGCUAAACGGACUCCUCGUCGAUGGCCGCCCCAUGAAGAUCGAAGUUGUCUAUGAUGCGUCCCACGUGCCCGCUGUCCCUGCUUCCAAGCCUCUCACUGAGCGCGUUGCUCAGAAGGCUCAGCCCAAGUCUGCCGCUGCCCCCAAGACCAAGGACGACAAGAAAACCGCUACUGACAAGGGAAACCGCCGCGGAAGGGGCCCUCGCGCUCGUGGCCGCAACGCCGGCCGUGGAAAGCCCAAGACUGUUGAGGAGCUUGAUGCUGAGAUGGUCGACUACUUCACCAACGAUGCCCCCCCCGCUGAAGGCACUGCUCCCGUCAACGGCAAUGUCCCACAGGCCAGCGCCAACCAGGACAUCGGCAUGGCUGAUGAGAUCUCCUAA